AUGGACGUCAAACUACGCCCACCCAAUCCUCACCCUCUUUUGACACCAAUUAAUCACUUCACCAGUAUCUCCGAUGUCAUAGCUCUCUGCUCAAUCCCGAGUCCACGGGUUGAUUAUGCCACCUUCAGCCAGCCGAUUCAAAAGUUUAGCCUCCCCGCUGUACACGUGCAGUCCACGUUGCCGUCAAUGUACAUCAUCGCUACGCCCCGCGUGAUAGCGCGCGUCAUUCACGACUUGCGCCAUGACUCACCCCUGCAAUCUGCCCAAUCCUGUGGGGCUGGAAAUACCAUUUCGAUUGGUAGAAAAUUCUACAUGUGCGUAUCAUCCUUCAUUCCUCCUGUCUUCAACGUACAUCCUUCCUUCCAUCUAGCGUUCGGUCUGGACCCAUUUACUCCUGACCCUGAACGAUUUCGAAGUUCUCCUCUGCACCAUGCCUUCUCAUUCGUGUCAGACACCCUUAGCCUACGGUAUUUUCGGUUCGCCGGUGCGGCUUCCUCGCGUUCAACCUCGUCCUACACGUCUGAACACCGGAUCUCGAGACUCAAUCAAGGAAUCCGCCUAUCUCCAGACAUUGAGUGGGUGGACUGCAGGCUAUUGUUCUUCGUCGUCAACUUUUACUCUUACAAUCGACAGGAUAAAGGUUUUGCGGAUCGUUCUCUCAACUCCGGUCAUGUCUCGCCGACCAUGCACUGA